AGCCCACAAAAUUCCCAAAGCAAAAGAGCAGAAGAUGUAGUUGACAGGCAGUUGAGGUUCAUCAAAAGAAAGCAAGUGAAGACGCGAUCAAACCUCGGAUCGAUCACAGGAUUAUAUAUCAACAAACCUCUUCUUUAGAGAGAGAAACUCUAGAGAGAGAAAAUGAUGGCAGACGGAAUAGAAGACGAAGAGAAAUGGCUUGCCGCCGGCAUCGCCGGUCUUCAACAAAAUGCAUUUUACAUGCAUCGCUCUCUGGAUUCGAAUAAUCUUAGAGAUGCUUUGAAGUAUUCGGCCCAGAUGCUUUCCGAGUUAAGGACUUCGAAGCUUUCUCCUCAUAAGUAUUAUGAACUCUAUAUGCGUGCAUUUGAUGAAUUGAGGAAGUUGGAGAUGUUUUUUAGGGAAGAGACACGGCGUGGUUGUUCGAUCAUUGAUUUGUAUGAGCUUGUGCAGCAUGCUGGUAACAUCUUGCCUAGAUUAUAUCUCCUCUGUACUGUGGGGUCUGUGUACAUCAAGUCUAAAGAAGCUCCUGCGAAGGAUGUCCUUAAGGAUCUUGUGGAAAUGUGCCGUGGCAUUCAGCAUCCUGUUCGUGGACUCUUUUUAAGGAGUUAUCUUUCUCAAGUCAGUAGAGACAAGUUACCUGAUAUAGGUUCUGAAUAUGAAGGGGAUGCUGACACAGUUAUGGAUGCUGUGGAGUUCGUCCUUCAGAACUUUACUGAGAUGAACAAGCUGUGGGUUCGGAUGCAACAUCAGGGACCUGCCCGUGACAAGGAAAAGCGGGAGAAAGAAAGGAGCGAGCUACGUGAUCUUGUGGGAAAGAACCUGCAUGUCCUCAGUCAGAUAGAAGGUGUUGACCUUGAUUUGUACAAAGAGACUGUACUUCCCAGAGUUCUUGAACAGGUUGUUAAUUGUAAAGAUGAGAUAGCUCAGUUCUAUUUGAUGGAUUGCAUUAUUCAAGUCUUUCCAGAUGAGUAUCACUUGCAAACUCUUGAAGUUUUGUUGGGUGCAUGCCCCCAGCUCCAGCCCUCUGUUGACAUCAAGACAGUGCUUUCUAGAUUAAUGGAGAGACUCUCAAAUUACGCAGCAUCAAGUGCAGAUGUUUUGCCUGAGUUCUUGCAAGUUGAAGCUUUUUCAAAAUUAAACAAUGCUAUAGGAAAGGUGAUAGAAGCACAGGUUGAUAUGCCUAUUUUUGGAGCUGUGACUUUGUAUUCCUCCCUGUUAACGUUUACCCUACAUGUUCACCCGGACCGACUGGAUUAUGCAGAUCAAGUGUUGGGAGCAUGCAUUAAGAAAUUAUCUGGCAAAGGAAAGCUUGAAGACAACAAAGCAACGAAACAAAUUGUGGCACUCUUAAGUGCUCCAUUGGAGAAAUACAAUGAUGUUGUCACUGCUUUGAAGCUUUCAAACUAUCCUCGUGUCAUGGAGUACCUUGAUGUGGAGACAAAUAAAAUUAUGGCAACUGUCAUAAUUCAAAGCAUAAUGAAAAACAACACUCGUAUCUCUACAGCUGACAAUGUUGAGGCAUUGUUUGAAUUACUCACAGGACUUAUCAAAGAUUUGGAUGGAGCCCAUGAAGAGGUUGAUGAAGAUGAUUUCAAAGAGGAACAAAAUUCUGUUGCACGUCUUAUUCAGAUGCUACAUAAUGAUGACCCCGAGGAAAUGUACAAGAUAAUAUGUACAGUACGGAAGCAGAUCAUGACUGGAGGUCCAAAGCGUUUACCCUUCACUGUUCCCCCUCUUGUAUUUUCUUCUCUUAAGUUGGUUAGACGACUACAAGGGCAAGAGGAAAAUCCUUUUGGUGAUGAAUCAUCAACUACGCCAAAAAAGAUAUUUCAGCUUUUAAAUCAGUUGGUGGAGGCACUAUCAACUGUUCCAGCACCUGAACUGGCAUUACGGCUGUACUUACAGUGUGCUGAGGCUGCUAACGACUCUGAAUUAGAGCCUGUUGCAUAUGAAUUUUUUACUCAAGCAUAUAUUUUGUAUGAAGAAGAAGUGUCAGAUUCUCGAGCACAGGUGACUGCUUUACAUUUGAUAAUAGGAACUCUUCAAAGGAUGCAUGUUUUUGGUGUUGAGAACAAGGAUACUUUGACGCACAAAGCUACUGGGUAUUCUGCGAAGCUUUUAAAGAAGCCUGAUCAGUGCAGAGCUGUUUAUGGGUGUGCGCAUCUAUUUUGGGUUGAUGAUCAAGAUAACAUGAAAGAUGGAGAGAGGGUUCUGAUUUGUCUUAAGCGAGCUCUAAGAAUUGCAAAUGCUGCUCAACAAAUGUCCAAUGCGACGAGAGGUAGCACUGGAUCAGUGACACUGUUUGUUGAGAUUCUGAACAAGUAUCUUUAUUUCUUUGAGAAGGGAAACCCACAGAUCAAUAUUGCUGCAAUCCAGAGCCUGAUUGAAUUGAUUACAACUGAGAUGCAAAGUGAAUCUAGUACACCAGAUUCUGCUGCUGAUGCUUUCUUUUCCAGCACUCUGCGGUAUGUUCAGUUCCAGAAACAGAAAGGUGGAGCAAUUGGUGAAAAGUAUGAGCCCAUCAAGGUGUGACAGAAUUACUGGAUUGUUCUUUUUUUUUUUACUUUUUUUUUCUGAGGUGCUUGGUUUUAAAAUAUAGAUGCUACCAUUGACCUCCUGUUGAAGUAGCUUUGUGCAUUAGAGUCGAGUUGAAAUCGAGUGCCUACUCAUUAAACCAGUAUAAAAUCAUACACUAGCUUUGACUUGAUGGUUUAGGAAAUGAACUCCUUAUAAAGUUCAUUGCUGUCAAAUAUUCUUUUGAGGUUUUCGUAAAUCAGACCAUGUCCUUUUAUAUGUACUAACACGGAGUUGUAUCAAACCUCUUCUGUUUUUCACAGAAUCCUUUAGAAGCUAAGUUUGUCAUUCUUA